UCCUCUCUGUGGGGUCUCUAUCUGGGCACCUAGAGGGGACUCCAAGGAUGAGGAGGGACUAAGUGGUACAUCUUCCUGCUGAGCCAGGCCAUGCUGACCGCAGCGGUGCUGAGCUGUGCCCUGCUGCUGGCACUGCCUGCCACGCGAGGAGCCCAGAUGGGCUUGGCCCCCAUGGAGGGCAUCAGAAGGCCUGACCAGGCCCUGCUCCCAGAGCUCCCAGGCCUGGGCCUGCGGGCCCCACUGAAGAAGACAACUGCAGAACAGGCAGAAGAGGAUCUGUUGCAGGAGGCUCAGGCCUUGGCAGAGGUACUAGACCUGCAGGACCGCGAGCCCCGCUCCUCACGUCGCUGCGUAAGGCUGCAUGAGUCCUGCCUGGGACAGCAGGUGCCUUGCUGUGACCCAUGUGCCACGUGCUACUGCCGCUUCUUCAAUGCCUUCUGCUACUGCCGCAAGCUGGGUACUGCCAUGAACCCCUGCAGCCGCACCUAGCUGGCCAACGUCAGGGUCGGGGCUAGGGUAGGGGCAAGGAAACUCGAAUAAAGGAUGGGACCAAC